AUGCCCGUCACCACCCGCGCAAAGACCAAAAGCCACAUGCUCAGCAAGAAGAUGGCCAACAAAGAGCAGAAGGCUGAAGAACAGAGCGCUGAGCCACUACGAUGCCGAUUGCUUGAGCUACCUCCUGAGUUGCGCAAUCGCAUCUACCAUUUCGCCGCCGAGGCCGAAUUCGAAAGUGACGGAAGGGUACCACCCGUAAUCACCAGAUCCAGACAAGAGCCAACCGCUGCAACUGCACACAGCCCAAGCGGCCGCACAUUUGUGGGCCUCGCGCAGUCGUGUAAGCAGAUUCGGUCCGAGUACCGCGUCCUGUGGCUUCGUGGUUCCAGCAUCCGAAUCAAGCUUGAGGAUGUUCAGUCCUACGUGACAACAUUCUAUCCCAAAGCUGAGGACUACUGCAAUGCCCCGAAGCUUCUGCUCAUUUCAUGGGAUCAUGAGAACAACGGCUGCGACGAAGAUGUCUUAUUCGACAUAACGCUCUUGCUCCGCAUUCGAGCCUUCUGUCCAAGCAACGUCAUCCAGUUUGUUUGCCGCAGGCUGGUCGAGUACGAUCUACCAGAUGUAGACUGUUUCGAAUGCGGGCACAACAUUACGUGCACCUGCCGUGCCGAGUGCGACCAUGAAGAUACCAUCGAAGAAGUCAUGUUCGACGUGCAUGUCGAUUAUCACUACAUGAUGGUACUUAAUGAGCUGCUCGCUAACAGCAACGGGACAUGGCUCAAAUCACUCCGAAACGACGCAAAAACCCGCUACAUGAAAAUCGAAUGCACAGCCGAUACCGAAAGCCAGCAUUUGACGGUCUACAUUCGAUUCUGCGUCGGUCGUGCACCUGCAAUCAUCACCAAGAGAGCCAUGCAUAAGGGCGCAAUCCGCUACCUACAAUCCAUGGGGCUACUCGGUAUGCACACGAGCAAAGCCGUCGACUUUGUCGUUGGUGAAGCAAUCGGCAAAUUCACACGCCACGCUCAAGGCUGCGGUGUCCUGGUACCAUCGUAUAACCAGAUCGAAAUCGCUGGCACCACCAAAAUGCCAUCCGAUUCUCUUGGCGUUAUGUCUUCGACCCCUUAA